ACAACUUAACUCUGCUCGAUCAUAAAAUGAGGAUUCUCAUGUUUAACAUGCUUCUGCUCUUUUCAAAUGUUAUGCAUGCAUUGGGUGAGUGUCUUCCAGAUCAAAAGUCUGUGCUUCUCCAGAUACGAAGUGAAAUCACUUACGAUUCUUCGGAAUCUACCAAUUUGGUGCUGUGGGAUGAAGGAGGUGACUGCUGCCGAUGGCCAGGUCUGAGUUGCAAUGCUGCUGGAUAUAUUACAAGCCUUGACCUCAGCUACGAUGAGUCAAUCACGGGUGGCUUCAAUGUUUCUCUCCUGUAUAAACUGCCAUCACUUUCUGUUAUUAGGCUUGAUGGGGUCAAUUUCUCUACUCCAUUUCCAAACUUCUUCACGGAUUUCACCAAUCUGACUGUUUUGAGCUUGAAAAAUUGCAACUUCAGUGGAACAGUCCCUCACAAAGUAUUCCAGGUACCAACUCUGCAAACCAUUGACUUAAGUUCCAAUUUCAUGCUUGGGGGUUCUUUGCCAGACGUCCCCGAAAAUGGAUUGCUUCAAAGUCUCACGCUUCAUGAUACAAAUUUUUCUGGGAAUUUACCCGAGUCCUUAGGAAACCUUAGAUUAUUGUCCCAUAUUGACCUUGCAUAUUGUGAUUUUAGCGGAUCAAUCCCUGCUUCUAUUAUCAAGCUUAGCAAGCUUGUUAAGCUGAGCUUGUCCGGAAAUUCAUUUUCAGGACCCAUUCCAGCAUCACUAUUUUUCCUGCCAUCACUUCAAACCUUAUCUCUGGAUGGAAACAAGCUUUUUGGUCAUAUAAAUGAUUUGCAAAAUAUGACUUCUCCCCUUGAAUUACUUGAUUUAAGCUACAACAACUUAGAAGGGACAAUACCUUUCUUCUUCUUUCAACUUCAAAAUCUUACAUCAAUAAAUCUUUCAUCAAACAAAUUUUUUGGUCAAAUGAUUGAUUUGCAAAAUGUGACUUCUCCAUUGCAAUAUCUUGAUUUAAGUAGCAAUGACUUUGAAGGGACAAUACCUCCAUUCUUAUUUCAACUUCAGCAUCUUAGAGUACUCGAUCUUUCAUCAAACAAAUUUAACAGUAUUAUACAUCUAACAAAAUUUAAAAGCCAUUAUAUUGACAUUCUUGACUUUUCCAAUAACAACUUAAUUGAGACAACCCUAAGCACAUCAGAACUUCCCUUACUCCCUCAGUUUGGACAAUUAAAUUUGGCCUCCUGCAAUUUGCAAAAAAUUCCUGAUUUUUUGAAAAGCCAAUCUCAAUUGUCGUGGUUAGAUCUUUCCAACAACACUAUUGGUGGAGAAAUUCCUAACUGGAUAUGGGGAAUUGGUAAUGGGCAACUCUAUUACCUCAAUCUUUCUCACAAUAGUUUGACGCAUAUGAAAGAGCCAAUGGAAUACGGUUCUCUUCAUUUCCUUGAUCUAAAUUCUAAUAUUCUAAGUGGACAAAUCCCACGAUCACCACCCGAGGCUGAGUAUUUAGACUUCUCCAACAACAUUUUCUCCACGAUUCCUCUUGAUUUUGCUGAUCAAAUCCCAUAUCUCAUUUCCUUCUUUUCCAUUGCAAAAAAUAGAGUAAGUGGAAAGAUCUCAACUUCCUGGUGUCGAGCAGCCUAUCUGAAAGUGCUUGACUUGUCCCACAAUGCUUUGCAUGGCACAAUACCAUCAUGUCUGGUUCAAAAUAACAGCAAUCUCAUUGUAGUGAAUCUUAGAGGAAAUCAUUUAAGUGGUGAGAUAUCACUGAAGUUUCAAGACGAUUGUUCUUUAGAGACAUUGGAUCUUAGUCAAAAUCUCUUAGAAGGGAAAGUUCCUCCCUCCUUGAUCAACUGCACAGAGCUUAAGAUCUUAAAUCUUGGAAACAACAAAAUAAGUGAUACCUUUCCUUGUUGGCUCAAUAAAUUGUCAAAUCUGCACAUUCUUGUAUUGCAUUCCAAUCAUUUUCAUGGAAGCGUUUCUUGUCCCAUGCUUGGAAUUGGGGUAAACAACAGCUGGCCAAGUUUACAAGUCAUUGACCUAUCUUCCAAUAAUUUCAGUGGACAUCUACCAACUGAACUAUUCUUGGCAUUAAAAGCUAUUUUGGUUGAGAGGAAUGAAUUAAACUCAAAGGCUGACUACUUGCACUUCACAUCUAAAGGGGGAGAGGGGAUUUACUAUCAAGAUUCAGUCAUACUGUCUCUAAAAGGCCAAACUUACACUAUAGAGAAGGUUCUAUCUAUCUUCACUUCUAUUGAUUUUUCAAGUAAUCAAUUUGAAGGCGGUAUACCAGAGAGCGUUGGAGAGCUUAAACAGCUUUAUCUACUUAACAUCUCUCACAAUGCCCUAACUGGCAAUAUUCCUCCAUCUCUUCAAAACUUGAAAGCUUUGGAAGCACUGGACCUUUCAUUCAACAACCUAACAGGAAAUAUCCCGGUGCAACUAGAGAUCCUAACCUUCCUGGAAAUCUUAAACUUGUCAUACAACCAUCUGGUUGGAAGGAUUCCAAGAAGCACUCAAUUGGAUACCUUUGAUGCAAGCUCAUUCAUGGGAAACAAGGGGCUAUGCGGAUUCCAAAUUAAUGUAUCUUGCACUGGCAUUGAUGAACCAGCAUCUCCAAUACCAGAAUCAGAAGAGAAAGAAUCAACUCACCACGUUGAUAUCUACAUUAGCGUUGCAUUUGGAUUUGUUGCAGGUCUAGGAGGAAUCUUUGUGCCACUUUUGCUAUCCAGCAAAUGGAGAUCAUAUUAUAACAAGAUGAUAGAUGGAAUUCUGUUAAAGAUAUUCUUUCAGAGAGGUCAAGGGAGAAGAAAGAAGUCUCGUUAGCAAAACUUCUUUUCAAUCAACAAUUUUGGUGCUUAUAUUCUUUUCGUCAACCACCUACGUUGCUUAGCGGCUAAAUUUUUGACUCCACGCUCCGAACUUACAUGAAUUUUGGAUGAGUUGAAUUGUCAGUCGGUGUCCACAAGAAGCCACCCUCACAGCUAAAAGAGUUAGGGAAGCACCUUCAGUGGGUUGUUCGUCCAGCUGCCUAAUGAUGAUGAUGAUUUUGUGGAAGAUCCGGUUCUUUGUGUUCAAAGAAUGGGAUAGGAACCUGUUAGGGAUGCUCCGGAUGAGCGAGUACAUUUUCCAGCUCUUAGAAUUAGAUUUCCACCUUUGCUUUUUGUAAAGGCAUUGGAAGAUCUUACGGCACAGUAGUGGAAUGACAUAUUUAAUAUUGGGUUUGGUGCCGUUCUUGAAUUAAAGAUUAAGGAGUUGCCCGUUCGGUUGGGUCGUUGGUUGUUGUCGAAUUUUGACAGUGAGAAGAUGUGCGUAUUGUUGGGUGAGGGGGAGGUCUUACCCGUUAGGGAGGAGAAUGGGAGUUCCAUUCUCGAAUUCCCAUGGGGUGAAGGUGUUAUAACAAGGCGGGAUCACUAUGCGAAGAGCAAGUUGUUGACAGCAUGGCGAAAGAUGUUUGAGAAGCACCGGCAUGAUGUGUCCCCGGCUGAGCUUGCACAACUUAUUAGGGAGGAUCUUGAUGGGGGUUUGUGGUUCAAGAGGCAUUUUAUGGUUCUGUUGAUUUCCUCGCUGAUUUCUUGCAUGGGCAAUGAAUAUUGUAAUCAGAUAGUGUUCCAUCAUUUGGAUGAUGUUGCUACUAUCUCACAACAGAAUUGGUGUCGAUUGAGGAACUUGUUUCUACACAUGCGCUGUAGAUUGCAGGCGGCAACCCACGGUUUUCGAGUCCUAUCCUCUUCUUGAUUUUGUUGUAUUGUGAUCGGGUUCGGCCUGCAAUUCGUGUCUUGCCUCGGGCUGUCCCAGCAUUUCGAGGGCUGACAUCGUAGAUGCAUCGUUGGCGCAAGGUCUUGGAGAUUCGGGGGGACAUCGCAGAUGCUUCCUUGUGUUGUGUCGUCCGAUGUAGUGCCCGAGGGUGGUAGAUUGUCUGCUGACGGGGGUGUACAUUUGGGAGGUACUCGUGGUGAUUCCGUUGCUCCGGUUUCUCCUGUUCUUCCCCAUAAGGUACUAGUGUCAUAUUUUUUGUGCACGUGUAUAUUUUUCUUCCAUAAUACGUUAUAUUUCGUUAUGUAUUCUAUGUUCUCUAUUCUGUUUGUUUUUUUCCAUAAUGUUAGUUGUUUGGGUUAUUUUUGUUUGAUUUUUAAAAAUUACUUGAGUGCUUGGCUGACAAGACCGGGGAGAUAGUCAGGUGCAUUCUCGCACUUAUCCAGUUCGUGAAAGAGGCUGGCGCGGUUGCAAGGAAUAAUGUGAAUUUCUGGAAGGUUUUAGAUGUUGCGCAGGUACUAAUGAACCAUGCUCACAACUCACAUUUACUCAGUUUGAUGAAAAGUUCUGGGGUAAUGCUGAUAAUAUACGGGCGUUAGUAGAGGUUGAGCGUGCCAUAUUGAAGAGAGCUAAUUUGAAGGAUUUUCCAUCUUUUAGCCUUGGAUUGACUCGGGAGUUUGGACACGAUGUGUGGGGUGAUGUGU